AUGAUUCCAGAAUAUGUCACGAUCAUAUGGGACUAUCCUACAUUACCUCAGAAACUGAAAUCGCUAGAUCCUGAAGGAAACUACCAUGGCGACUCAGCUAAUCUAACCUGCAGAGCUUUCUUUGGGUACAGUGGAGAUGUCAGUCCUUUAAUUUACUGGAUGAAAGGAGAGAAGUUUAUUGAAGAUCUGGAUGAAAAUCGAGUUUGGGAAAGUGACAUUAGAAUUCUCAAGGAGCAUCUCGGGGAACAGGAAGUUUCCAUCUCAUUAAUUGUGGACUCUGUAGAAGAAGGUGACUUGGGAAAUUACUCCUGUUACGUUGAAAAUGGAAAUGGACGUCGGCAUGCCAGCGUUCUCCUUCACAAACGGGACAAUAAAGAUUAUGAUGCGUACUUAUCAUACACCAAAGUGGAUCCUGACCAGUGGAAUCAAGAGACAGGGGAAGAAGAACGCUUUGCUCUCGAAAUCCUACCUGACAUGCUUGAAAAGCAUUAUGGAUAUAAGUUGUUCAUACCAGAUAGAGAUUUAAUCCCAACUGGAACAUACAUUGAAGAUGUGGCAAGGUGUGUAGAUCAAAGCAAGAGGCUGAUUAUUGUCAUGACCCCAAAUUAUGUAGUCAGAAGGGGCUGGAGCAUCUUUGAGCUGGAGACCAGACUUCGAAACAUGCUGGUCACUGGAGAAAUCAAAGUGAUACUGAUUGAAUGCAGUGAACUCCGAGGCAUCAUGAACUACCAGGAGGUGGAAGCCCUCAAGCACACCAUCAAGCUCCUGACGGUUAUUAAAUGGCACGGACCGAAAUGCAACAAGUUGAACUCUAAGUUCUGGAAACGUUUACAAUAUGAAAUGCCUUUUAAGAGGAUAGAACCCAUUACGCACGAGCAGGCUUUAGAUGUUAGUGAGCAGGGGCCUUUUGGGGAGCUGCAGACUGUCUCGGCCAUCUCCAUGGCCGCGGCCACCUCUACAGCUCUAGCCACUGCCCAUCCAGAUCUCCGUUCCACCUUUCACAACACGUACCAUUCACAGAUGCGUCAGAAACACUACUACCGAAGCUAUGAGUACGACGUACCUCCUCCCGGCACCCUGCCCCUUACCUCCAUAGGAAAUCAGCAUACCUAUUGUAACAUCCCCAUGACACUCAUCAACGGGCAGCGGCCACAGACAAAAUCGAGCAGGGAGCAGAAUCCAGACGAGGCCCACACAAACAGUGCCAUCCUGCCGCUGUUGCCAAGGGAGACCAGUAUAUCCAGUGUGAUUUGGUGACAGAAAAGCAAGGGACAUCCCAUCCCUGGGAGCUUGAGUGGAGUGUGCAGUCCAGUGCCUGGAACUAAAUCCUCGACUGCUGCUGUUAAAAAACAUGCAUUACAAUCUCUAGAACACGAGGAAAAACAGGGUCUUGUACAUAUGUUUUCAGCAAUUUCUUUGUAGCAUCAGUGUCUUCCUAUUUUACCGUGUCUCUUACC